GGCGCGGCAGAGCCGGGUGUAGGAGCUGGAGCGUGGCCUGACUUCGUCCCAACUCGAACAGUGAUGCCACCAAGAAGAAAUGAGAAAUAUAAACUUCCUAUUCCACUUCCAGAAGGCAAGGUUCUGGAAGAUAUGGAAGGAAAACAAUGGGUGCUGGGCAAGAUGAUUGGCUCUGGAGGAUUCGGAUUGAUAUAUUUUGCUUUCCCCACAAAUAAACCAGACAAAGAAGCAAGACAUGUAAUAAAAGUAGAAUACCAAGAAAAUGGCCCAUUAUUUUCAGAACUUAAAUUUUAUCAGAGAGCUGCAAAAAAAGACUGUAUCAAGAAGUGGAUACAACUGAAACAACUUGAUUAUUUAGGAAUUCCUCUGUUUUAUGGAUCUGGUCUGACUGAAUUCAAGGGAAGAAGUUAUAGAUUUAUGGUAAUGGAAAGAUUGGGAAUGGAUUUACAGAAGAUCUCAGAUAAAAAUGGUCCAUUUAAAAAGUCAACUGUCCUACAACUUGGGAUCCGAAUGCUGGACAUAUUGGAAUAUAUACAUGAACAUGAAUAUGUUCAUGGUGAUAUAAAAGCAGCCAAUCUACUUUUGGGUUACAAAUAUCCAGAUCGGGUUUACCUUGCAGAUUAUGGACUUUCCUAUAGAUAUUGUCCCAAUGGGAGCCACAAACAGUAUCAGGAAAAUCCUAGAAAAGGCCAUAAUGGGACAAUAGAGUUUACCAGCUUGGAUGCUCACAAGGGAGUAGCCCUGUCCAGAAGAAGUGACGUUGAAAUCCUUGGCUACUGCAUGCUGCGGUGGUUAUGUGGGAAACUUCCCUGGGAACGGAACCUACAGGAUCCCGUGGCUGUCCAGACUGCUAAAACAAAUCUGCUGGAUGAGCUCCCUGAGUCAGUGCUGAAGUGGGCUCCUUCUACAAGCAGUUGCUGUGAAAUAGCCCAGUUUUUGGCAUGUGUUCAUAGCUUAGCUUAUGAUGAAAAGCCAAACUAUCAAAAGCUCAAGAAAAUUCUCAACCCAGGUGGAACACCUUUAGGACCACUGGAAUUUUUCACAAUUGGACAGAGUAUAAAUUUGCAUACUGUGACCAAUCAAAAAGUUGAUUCUCAAAAGCCUGCAACAAAACCAUUCAGUCUGAUGCAAAAUAAGUUCAUAGAAAAAGUCCGUAGCGAGAGGAAUACUGAGUCCUUUGCAGCAUGGAGAGAAGUGCAAAAAGAGGACCAGCCAUUCAGUCCCAGAAACUAUGAAGCAGCUCAGGAAGGCACCAGGAGAAGACAAAAAUAUCCCGAAUCUUCAGCACUUCUGAAUGAAGUAAAUGGUCUCCAACAAAAAUCAAGCUAUGUACAAUUCCCAAAUUCAUAUUGUGAACCCUAUCAAGAUUUUACCAGUCAACAUACAAUCAGUAAUUCAAGAUCUCCACCUUGGUAUGAAAAUACUUCCACAACUGGUACGGGGGUCAUACACUUAGAAAGUUCUGUAAGAGUCUGGCCUGUAAUUUCCCAGUUUACUCUUAGUGAAGAGACAAAAGAAGAUGUAUAUUAUUAUGGCUUCGCCAUAGUUUUCCUUUUGACAUUGAUAUGUCUUGUUUUGUAUUUUCUCUGACAGUAUCAAAUAAAAUC